AUGUUAGCCACCAAUUUAGUGGUUCCAGUUGUAUUAUGGGGACCAAAUACGCCAACUCACUGUGUCUCAAGUGUCUUUUUAUCGAGAGAUCAGAGGACAUUAGCAACUGGAUGUUACGACGGUCAAAUCUGCUUGUGGACGAUGGAUCCUGAUUCUCUUGAAAUGACACCAAGAUGUUUACUACUUGGGCAUACAGCACCAGUUUUAUGUCUGUCAAGAGCAUCCAUUCUACCUGACAACAACUUUCUUGUGAGCUCUUCAGAAAGUGGCGAGAUGUGCACUUGGGAUUUAAUUGAUGGAAAAUGUCGUGAGAAUGUGAAGCUUACGCAAGUCCACACCAAUAUACAAGCUUACCAUUUAUCAAAUUGUGAUGACAUUCGACUUUUCUGUAAUGGAUAUUACGCAGAAAUCAUGGUUAUGGAUCCAUUUAGUCUCGAGGUUCUCUUUUGUUUAUCUUCAAAAGUCAAUCCGGAUUGGAUAUCAGCACUUCAUGUCUUAAGGCCAGUAAAACGUAAGGAUGAUGUUGUUUUGGCUAUUACUACAACUGGAACUGUGAAAGUUUGGACAUUGCUUGGGAACGAAAAUAAAUAUUCCGAGCCAAUUUAUGAGAAUGAAUCAAAACAGAUUCGUUGUCUGAAUGCAAUCACCAUGGCUUGUUGCUCACAAAAUCAAAGAACAGUUCUGAUCGUUUGUGCAAAAUACUGGCAAAUUUAUGAUGCUGGAGAUUUCACAGUUUUAUGUUCAGUUAUUUCACCUUCUGGUGAACGUUGGUUAGGCGGUGAUUUCCUGUCGAGUGAUCGCGUGAUUCUCUGGUCUGAUGAAGGCAAAGGAUAUCUUUAUCGCCUGCCAGCAAAUUCCAUUCCCGACAACAAGGAAUUCCAUGGACCAUCAGUUGGGAAAGAUUCGCCAUUUUUGUAUUGUGUCCUUUCAAAUGCAAACGAAAAACCACUUUCAUGUCCACCGUCGAUGAAGCUCGUGCAGACAACACGAGCUGGAAAAAUGCAAAAAUAUUUGUUACGUGGUGAUUCUGAAGGUUUCAUAAAUAUGUGGGCAGUUCCAGACUUUUCACUCGAAGAAAUUAAGAGUCUUCAAACAUCAAAUGCUACAGCCAAAGUUCUUCAGAAUACAAUUUCAACGAGUUUGGAACAAGCAUGGAGUCUGAUGGAUCCACCACCAGUGGGUAUUCUUGAUCAACUGAAUCAUCCAAAUGAACCGAUUGUUAAACUUACUGCGAGUAUUUAUUUGCCACUACAAAGUCGAUUGGUAGCUGGUCGUGAAGAUGGAACUAUUGUCAUUGUUCCUGCAACUCAAACUGUCAUGUUGCAACUUUUACAAGGAAAGCAUCAUCAAUUUACUGAUUGGCCACCUCAUCAAAUACUCGCUGGACAUUCGGGACGUGUUAAUUGUUUGCUAUAUCCGUAUUUGGUACAUACGAGAUAUGAUAGAACAGCACUUUGCUCCAUUGUUUUCGUGUUCAAAUGUAUUUGUUCGGUUGCUUCUGAUCAUUCAGUGACAUUGUUGAGUCUGCAAGAAAGAAAAUGUGUGACAUUGGCAAGUCGUCAUCUGUUUCCUGUUGUGACUAUCAAAUGGCGUCCAACAGAUGACUUUUUAAUCGUUGGAUGUUCUGAUGGAACAGUUUAUGUUUGGCAAAUGGAAACGGGACAUUUAGAUCGUGUUUUGCAUGGAAUGUUAGCUGAAGAAGUUCUUUCAGCUUGUGAUGAACAUUCCGGAGAGACUGGAGAAGUUACUGGAUCGACAUCGGAAAUUGGACUUUCCAAUCCGGCUGUUCAUUUCUUCCGUGGUUUGCGUCAUCGUAACAUAAACGCUAUAAAACAUGCUACGCAGAGAGGCAUUCAUCAGUUACAGCAAUUGAAUGCCCAUAAUAACAAUGAUGGCAAUUUCCUAAUGAAGAAUCGCAACAGUCCUCUGGUCAUUCAAGGCUUGCGAACAAAUCCUAAGGAUGCUGAAAGUCACAUUUUGUUCUUCGAUAUCGAAGGAUUGAUUGUUGAACUGCACAGUGAAGAAUAUGCGGCAAUGAGUCCAACAACGUUAGAGGCGCAAGGUCUGUUAAUACAGCAACACGUAACUCAUCCAACAUCAGAUACAAGCAAAAAAAUUACAGGAAUAUUGGCAAAGGUGAAGGAAGGAGCUGAACAAGUGGGAACGAAGAUUCAAGCUAAAGUCGAAACAGUUGUGAAACAAAUCAAUGAACCAGGAAUAGAUCCAUUUGAUAGUACUCGAAAGAUCAUUCCAAAAAUGGAAGCAACUCAUGUGAUGGAAGUAGCUCAGUUAAUGUUGUCACUGAUACAUUCUUGGGGUCUUGAUCCACUUUUAGAUAUUGUGUGUGAGACACAAUUAGGUCUUCUUCGCCCAAUGGUUCCGAUUUCAUACGGAGUAUUGUCAAAAGGUGGCUACAUGUCGCUUCUUUUGCCAACUUGGCAAAACACCAUCAAGAAAGAAACUGUUCAGGACUUAUUGAAAGGAAUGGAAUCAAUUCAAUUGAACAAAUCUCUUCCAGAGAAUUUAUUGCGACAAGAGGCUUUGACACGAUUAUUCACAGCUCGUUUGCAUUGGGAGUUAAGCACGACAUUAACAUCCAAUCAUUUAUUGGGAAUGGUUGCAAUGUCGAACACUUUGAUGUCCAUGAAUAUGGCAACAUUUAUUCCAGAACAAGAAAGAACUCGCAAGAUUUCCAAACAACAAUCGUUGACGUCGACGAAGGCAAAUGUUGUUGCAUGGGCGAGUGAUGAUGAGCACGAAGAAAUUUUUACCGAACAACAAGGGAAGAUAAAACAAGGCUGGAGUCUUCUAUCAACACAUCAUUGCUUUUUAUUACCGGAUAAACUUGAUUCGAUGGAGCCAAGAAACUUCAAACGGCCACAAGUGGAAUUGAUGGCACGACGUUGGCAACAUCAUUGCAUUGAGAUUCGUCAAGCAGCUCAGCAAUUGCUUCUUGGUGAAUUGGGACGAAUGGGAAAGAAAGGGCGAAAGCAGUUGGUUGAAAAUUGGGCUCAAUUCUUGCCACUUUACACUCAUACAGAACCAAUUGCCCAACAAGUUCUACCAACAUCUCCAGUCAAUUCAUCAUCACCUGGAGGAAUUGACGCACAACAACCUUCAACGAUGGCAUUAACACAUUUGUUACUUGCACCGCCGACUAUGAAGCUUCCGGCUCAUACACCUUUAAGACGGGCAGCAAUUGAUUUGAUUGGAAGGGGAUUUACAGUUUGGGAGCCUUAUCUUGAUGUCAGUAAAGUUUUAUUGGGAUUGCUUGAGAUUUCUUGUGAUUCAUCUCGUUUGGUUCCAAGUUUAACUUAUAAACUUCCUUUGACACCACACGCGGACGCGUGUCGAACUGCAAGGCAUGCACUUCGUCUUAUUGCAACAGCUCGUCCCGCUGCAUUUAUCACAACAAUGGCAAGAGAAGUUGCACGUUACAACACUCUACAGCAGAACUCGCAAGCAUUGAGUGUGCCACUAACUCAAUCAGUUCUUCAUCGAGCUAAGAAAGAAAUUCUACAAUGUGUUGAAAUGUUGAUAGAAAAAAUGCAAACUGAAAUGUCAGUGUUGCUUGUUGAAGUGACUGACAUUACACUUCAUUGUUUGGACAUGGCUGACUUAAAGAAUCGUGGUUUGAAUGAAGUUUGUCCUCCAAUUUGUAAAUUCAAUCAAGUUUCACAUUGUGCAUCAACGAGAAGAAUCGCAGUUGGUGCUCAUAAUGGUCAUCUGGCGAUCUACGAGUUGAGACAAAAUAAAUGUCAAAUGAUUCCAGCUCAUCAUCAACCAAUAACAGCUUUAGCAUUCAGUCCCGAAGGAAAGUAUCUCGUCAGCUAUUCGUGUGCUGAAAAUCGUUUAUCAUUUUGGCAAACAAGCACUGGAAUGUUUGGACUUGGGCAAAGUCAAACGAAAUGCAUAAAAGGAUAUUCAACAGCUCCGAUUCCAGAUGUAACAAGAUUAAAUCCAAUGAGGUUAGCUAAGCUAAUUUGGAUUAAUAAUCGAACUGUCACACUUAUGUUGGCUGAUGGUUCUGAAACAAGAUUCAACAUUUAAACGACAACUUGCAUACAUUUUUAAGUAAAUAUUUAGAUGUCAGUUAAAUAAAUAAUCAAACAAUUGCUGUUGUUAUAUUCAAGUUAAUUAUUUAUGAAAUGCAGAUAGAUAAUUAUGCAACACCAUAACUAACCUUCCAAGAGGUAAUUAUUCUAACUUUAAUCAACGACUAUUAAUUAAACUUUUCUCUUCUAAAGUAUUGAAUGUAAGCUUCAAUCAAAUACCUAAAGAAAUAAAAAAUUAAUAAAGU